AUGUCUGUACCAACGGUAACCAUUGAUCAACUGAGCAAGGGUAUUGAGGACUACUCAUCGAAUAAAAGCGUAAAAAGUGUUCUCGAAGGAAUAUUAAACGAUUAUAUGGACUUGCAAUAUGCAAAAGAAACUCCAUAUACCACGGGAAAACAAGUUAUACCCUCAGGUUCAUCUAUUGAGGACGUGGAGAAUGGUAUCCAGAGUAUAGAUGGAAAGUUUAAGGAGAUUUUCGAGAAGAUAUCAAGCACUCAUAAAAGUGGAGAUCUCAGCCCGCAGUCUGUUAAUGAUGGAUCUUGGGAAGCCAAUCUGAAACCCGUCUUCGUGUUCGUCACACCUAAUCCUUAG